GCUGGCGUGCAUGCCACAGAGAGGACUUACUGGGGACAAGACAAGAGGAAGAUCAAGAGUAAUAAUAUUGGGGAUCUCCUGGCACCCCGGGGAGCACAUUCUUCCUCACACAUCUUUCCUGGAAGAUCAGAAUAAAGACAUGGAUUUGAAGGAAGCAUGAGAUGUGGAGACACUAACGCUCAUCUGCCCAAGCCAAGCUACCGAGAGACCAGAUCCCGCCACCCAGCCCAGCCUUCCUGGGGAUGGAGCUGAACUACACGUACCUGCCACCCACACAGCCCACGCCAGCGGACGAUGGAGAUUACAAAUGUGUGAUAGAUGUCUCUGAUGUGGCCCUGGACGGUGCCACACUGCUCAUCUGCCUGUGCGGACUGGUGGGGAAUGGCCCCGUCCUCUGGCCCCUCGGCUUCCGCAUCCGCAGGAAUCCUGUCACCGUUUACAUCCUCAACCUGGCCUUUGCAGACUUCACCUUCCUCCUCUUCAUGCUCACCUCCGCCCUGUUAUACAUCGUGGAGAAUGUCUCCUGUUCCACUUUAGAGCUCCUGAACUAUCUGAGGCCACUUUUCCUGCUGUCUCUCUUUGCCUACAACAUGGGCUUAUAUCUCCUGGCAGCCAUCAGCAUUGAGAGGUGUGCAUCCGUCCUGUGCCCACUCUGGUAUCGCUGCCGCCGCCCUAAGCGCUUGUCAGCCAUUGUGUGUGCCCUUCUCUGGGCUCUCUCCAUCUCUGUAAUUGCUACAGUGACUUUUCUCUGCAUAUCUCACCACCAUGAGCACUGCCAGCUGGCUCUCAUCUCCAUGUAUGUCCUUAAUUUCCUCAUCUUUGCUCCACCCAUGGUCCUCUUCAGCACAGUCCUGUUCAUUAAGGUCCAAUGUGGGUCACAGCAACAUCACCUUGGGAAGCUCUACAUCGUUAUCUUCCUCACAGUCCUCUUCUUCCUCCUCUUUGCUCUUCCCCUCAGCAUCUGGAACUUCUUACAGCAGUUUAACUAUGUCGCCGGGCAGUCCCAGAUUGUUUUCUUGCUAGCCUGUAUCAACAGCAGCAUCAACCCAUUUAUCUACUUCCUGGUGGGGAGCUACAAGAGGCAUUGCUCCUUGGUCUCUUUGAAGGUUGCCUUCCAGAGGGUCUUUGAGGAGUUGGGAGAUAAUGCAGCAUGUAGUGAGGAUACUACAAUGGACACACUAGCCUCAGUCUGUUAAAAGCCUUUCCACUGUUCUGCUUCAUGCCCCCUGGACAAAGGAUGAGGGUUUUCUUCGGUAACUGGAUUAAAUAAAUUCGUCUAUAUUAAUUCCCCUAAAGUCACCCAUCAGCAGUGCAAUUGCGUUCCCUAGAAGAAAUCAGGGCUGGGCUAUGUAGAAGAUUGAUAUGGGGAAAGAAGCUCUAUGGGGAGAAAGUGUGUUGGUGCACAGCAUUUGCAUCCCCAUCAGCCCACACCAGUUCCAAAAGUACUAUUCCCCCGCUAACAGAAAUAUGCCAAAGAGGACCAUGUUCCCAUCUCACACACUAUCAAAUAAUCCAGCGUCUGCUGACUGGGGUGGACAUUGCAUUUGGGAAACCCUGACCCAUAUUCAGACUAGAGGGUAAAACAUAGUCAAUAUCCUGAGCUCUUCUCCCCCAUCUCACCUCCAACCUGACACAGGUUGUCCCAAGUUCUGCUCCCCUUCUAUUUCUAGAAAUGCUGAUUGGGGAGGAUGGAGGGGUCAUCACCCCCUCACAGACACUCUGCCGAUGCCUCUCAGCCCUUCCCUCGCAUGGAUACUCC